UCGGUUAUAAAAGCAAUAACAAAAUGCAGUACCUCCGCAUUGAUUGAAUCAACCACUCUCUUCCACAACUCUCUCUGAUCUCUCUCGAAGCUCGAAAAUGGCGAACGGAUGUGAGAUCUGCUGCGAGAUUCUCAUCGCCAUCCUCAUUCCUCCUCUAGGAGUUUGCCUAAAGCACGGCUGUUGCACGGUGGAAUUUUGUCUGUGUUUGAUUUUGACUCUUCUCGGUUACAUUCCGGGGAUCAUUUACGCACUCUACGCCAUCGUCUACGUCGAUCGCGACCAGUUCUUCGACGAGUACAGGCGUCCGCUCUAUUCGCAGGCGUCGGCGGUAUAGAAACCGGUUUGAAUCUCUUCAACUCUGUGUUUAGCCUUUUUCGAAUAAGGUUGUUAAG